AUGCACUCAUUCCUUUGCCUUGGUUUCGUUGCCGCGGCUCUCGCUGCAGAGCCUUGGAUCAACGCCCCGGACACUGGCCUUGAGGAUUACUUGUACAGCACCAACUACACCGAGGGCUCAUUGCCUCUUCUCAAGGAUAUCCGCGGUGUCCCAGACUUUGACUGGGCUGCAGAACAGCAUCUCGAUCUGCAGCAGUAUUCAUUCUACCGAACAGGGUCAGCUGGCGAAUGGAGCUACCGUAAUAACUUGGAUAUCUGGUCCAAAAUCAAGUUCAGAGCUCGCAUGUUGACUGAUGUCUCUGGUGUUAACAAGACAUUGCCGACCACCUUCUUGGGCUACAAUUUUAGUGCUCCCAUCUUUAUUGCUCCUGCGGCCAGGGCAGUCUAUGGUGACGAGAGGGCCGAGUUGAACUUUGUUGAUGCAGCAGCAAACGAAGAUAUCUUGUACACUGCAGCCUUGUACGCAUCAAAGACGAUCGAGGAGAUUGGUGUUCAGAAGCAGACACACAACGACACACUCAACGGUCCGCAGGUCACUUUCCAGCAGAUCUAUACCAACGCCAAUCUUUCCGUCACUUGGGACAACAUUGCGCGUGCCGAGGCAUACGGAGUAAAAGCAAUUGUCUGGACUAUUGAUGCUCCAGCGGACUCGGUCAGACACCGCGCCGCUCGCUAUGACACCACCAACGCAAACUCGGUAACAUCAGCUCUGACUUGGGACCUCUAUGACGAAAUUCGAAACCGAACCUCACUGCCCGUGAUCCCCAAGGGUAUCAGCACAGUAGAGGACGCGCUGAUGGCGGUCGAGAAGGGCGCCCCGGCCAUUUACAUUUCCAACCACGGCGGGCGCCAGCUCGACCACUCGCCCUCGCCUGUUGAGAUUGCCUACGAGAUCUACCGCAAUGCGCCACAGGUGUUUGACCAGGUAGAGGUCAUGGCCGACAGCGGUGUGCGCUAUGGCUCUGAUGUCGUCAAGCUACUCGCGCUCGGCGUCAAGAUGGUCGGAUUGGGAAGAUCGUUCAUGUUUGCAAACUGCUUUGGUUUGGAUGGUGUCACCAAGCUGAUCCAGAUCAUGAAGCAGGAGAUUAUCCGGGACGCUGCCCAGGCUGGCGUGCCUGAUCUGAGAAAUGUCAGCCGCAGUGUAAUCAACACUCGGGCUCUGAAUGAAACCGUUUUCUUGCUCGAUAACUAA